AUGAAGGGAGAGGCGAAGCACGAGAGGCGGUGGGGAUCGGAUUCCGUCCCCGCGAGGGCGGCGGCUCUCAGCAGCAGCAGCGCCGGGACUUCUCCGGUGAGCGAGGCGAUGAGCUCGGUGGCCGGGGCGGAGGAGGAAUUCGUGGAAGUCACGCUCGAUUUGCAGGACGAUGAUACGAUUAUACUCCGGAGCGUGGAGCCGGCGACGGUUAUCAACAUCGGCAACGGUGGGAGUGGAAGUGGUAGUGGUGGCGAGGGAGACGAGAGCGGUGGAAGGGAGCUAUUGCCUCGAUCGAAUCCGGUUUCCGCUCCCCCGUCCAGAUCCCCGACGAUCAAGCGGAGCUCGUCGAACAAGCUGCGGCAGUUCUCUCAGGAGCUGAAGGCGGAGGCGGUGGCGAAGGCGAGGCAGUUCUCGCAUGAGUUGAAGGCGGAGCUGAGGAAGUUCUCGUGGAGCCACAGGGCGUCUCGCAACUCUUCGCAGCAGCCGCAGAACAAUAACAAUGGCGGCAGUGUUUCUGCUGGGUUCGACUCCGCCCUCGCCGCUCGAGCUAUGAGGAAGCAGCGAGCUCAGCUGGACCGGACCAGGUCCAGCGCUCAGAAGGCCCUCCGCGGUCUCAAAUUCAUCAGCAACAGGAAAUCGCAAGGCAUCGAGGCGUGGAACGAAGUCCAGCACAACUUCGAUAAGCUCGCUAAGGACGGUUACCUCUACCGCUCCGAUUUCGGGCAAUGCAUAGGGAUGCGGGAUUCCAAGGAGUUUGCACUCGAACUGUUCGACGCGUUGGGCAGGAGAAGGAGGUUGAAGGUGGAGAAGAUUAGCAGGGACGAGCUGUACGAGUUCUGGUCACAAAUCACCGAUGAUAGCUUCGAUUCACGGCUCCAGAUCUUCUUCGAUAUGGUGGACAAGAACGAGGAUGGCCAAAUUGGAGAGGAAGAAGUAAAAGAGAUUAUUAUGUUAAGCGCUUCGGCGAACAAAUUGUCAAGAUUAAAGGAACAAGCAGAAGAAUAUGCAGCUUUGAUCAUGGAAGAGUUGGACCCUGAAAGACUUGGCUACAUCGAGCUAUGGCAACUGGAGACACUUCUUCUACAGAAGGACACGUAUCUAAACUACAGUCAAGCACUGAGCUACACGAGCCAAGCCUUGAGCCAGAACUUGCAAGGGCUAAGAAGGAGGAGCCCAAUAGUGCGGAUGCGGACAAGGUUCCUCUACUUUUUGGGAGAGAACUGGAAGAGAAUCUGGGUGUUAACUUUAUGGAUCAUGAUCAUGAUCGCCCUCUUCACAUGGAAGUUCUUUCAGUACAAGCAGAAGAAUGCUUUCAAGGUCAUGGGUUAUUGUCUCCUGACGGCCAAAGGUGCGGCAGAGACAUUGAAGUUCAACAUGGCCCUUAUUCUCCUGCCGGUGUGUAGGAACACCAUCACUCGCCUCAGGUCCACACGGCUUGCUUAUCUUGUGCCUUUCGACGACAAUAUUAACUUUCACAAGACUGUCGCCGCAGCAAUCGUAGUUGGUGUUAUUCUACACGUUGGAAACCACCUUGCCUGUGAUUUCCCGAGGCUGGAGCGCGCAUCGCUGGUGGACUACAAUCUGUACCUCAGAAAUGACUUUGGAGACCAUAAACCAAGUUACUUCAAAUUAGCUAGAGGAGUAGAGGGUGUAACCGGAAUUCUUAUGGUGAUCUUCAUGAUCAUUGCAUUUACACUGGCAACGACAUGGUUCAGGCGCAACCUUAUUAAGCUCCCUAAACCAUUCAACAGAAUUACCGGGUUCAAUGCCUUCUGGUACUCACACCACCUAUUUGUCAUCGUCUAUGUCUUGCUGGUUGUCCAUGGUAUAUUCCUCUACCUUGUUCAUCACUGGUACCAAAAAACGACGUGGAUGUAUCUCUCUGUUCCCGUCUUGCUCUAUGCCGGAGAAAGGGCCCUCAGGUUUUUCCGCUCUGGCUCAUACACAGUCCGGCUUUUGAAGGUUGCUAUAUAUCCCGGAAACGUGCUCACAUUGCAAAUGUCCAAGCCUAAUCAAUUUCGGUACAAGAGUGGACAGUACAUGUUCGUUCAGUGCCCUGCCGUUUCUCCAUUUGAAUGGCACCCAUUUUCAAUCACCUCUGCUCCUGGGGAUGAUUACCUAAGCGUUCACAUUAGGCAACUAGGGGACUGGACCCAGGAACUCAAAAGGGUAUUCUCUGAGGCAUGCGAGCGCCCUGUUGCAGGGAAGAGCGGCCUUCUUAGAGCUGAUGAAACCACCAAGAAAAGUUUGCCAAGGCUGUUGAUAGAUGGGCCUUACGGUGCCCCUGCACAAGAUUACCGGAAAUACGAUGUCUUGUUACUUGUUGGUCUGGGAAUCGGGGCAACUCCUUUCAUUAGCAUUCUCAAAGACUUGCUUAAUAACCUUGUAAAGGAAGAGCAAUCGGAUUCAAUAUCAGAAGUCAGCAGAACAUCGGACGUUAGCUAUGCCAGCACUGAUGGCAUGAGACGGAAAAAGGCGUUGAAGACCACGAACGCUUACUUCUACUGGGUGACGAGGGAACAAGGCUCCUUUGAUUGGUUCAAAGGGGUGAUGAAUGAGAUUGCAGACCAAGAUCAACAGGGGGUGAUUGAGAUGCAUAAUUACUUAACCAGUGUGUAUGAAGAAGGCGAUGCUAGAUCAACCCUCAUUACCAUGGUGCAGGCCUUGAACCAUGCAAAGAAUGGUGUGGAUAUUGUCUCUGGAACCAGGGUGCGAACCCAUUUCGCAAGGCCUAACUGGAAAAAGGUGCUGUCAAAACUAAGUUCCAAGCACUGUAAUGCAAGGAUAGGGGUAUUCUACUGUGGGGCACCUGUUCUAGCACAAGAACUGGGCAAGCUCUGCUACGAAUACAAUCAGAAAGGGUCUACCAAGUUCGACUUUCACAAAGAGCAUUUCUAA